AUGGCUAUAGAAAUGAUAGACGGAAAAGUCCUUGCGUGCAAUCUCGAUGCGUUUGCCGGUAGAGAUACAGACUCAACCGACAUCAACGAACAAGCUAUCGAACGGCCCUCGGCGGUCCCAUCCGCUGUGACUUUGGAGGCUGCUUGGUCCGUGACACUGCGUCUUUACACUGGCCUCGAUCAUGUAUCUUUUGGAUCUUUAGCCCAAGAUGGCACUGUUGCUACUAGGAUCUGUAACUUUAGGGCUCACGAUACCCUGGAGGAUAUCCACGCCAAUGUCCGGCUUUGUGACUACAGUGACGACACGGUUUGCCAUUACAACACGGCAGUAAUUUACAAGUUGGAUGAAAAUGGCGGAAAUAAGGUAUCGGAACUGAUCCCACGAAGAAUCGUCGUCAAUGUCAUCGGAGUUCCUUACCACGAGGUGGUAUCUGAAUUGCCAGAUAUCGACACCACUUCCCUUAAUUUCGACAUCCCUGCCAUUAGGCUGUUUACAUCUGGCAGUACUGGGACACCUAAGGGAAUCAUCGGCAUCCUCCAGUUUGCCUCAUACACCUUGGACGUCUACAUGGUGGAUGUAUUCACAGAGCUUCUGCACGGUGGCACUCUGUGCAUUACUUCUGAAGAAGAGCGCAUGGCUGGUCCCCAAGAAUACAUCUCGCGCACUCAACCCAACUGGGCAGCUCUGAGUCCGACAGUGGCUCGGUUCCUCGACCCGACUUUGUCUGCCAGAUCCAUCAGAAAGCUUCUCCUCGUCGGCGAGAUGGUGAGAGAGUCUGACAUUGCGGAAUGGACUGACCCAGGCCAUCAGGGCAGAGCUUCCAGCGUUGGAACCGGCAUCAAUACACACACGUGGGUUGUCGAUGUCAAGAACAAGCGACUAGUCCCUAUCGGUGCGGUCGGUGAACUCAUCUGCACUGGGCCUCAUCUUAUACCUGGAUACUUGAAUGAUCCCGAACGGACUACAAGCAGUUUCUUUGAGAAUCCCGGCUGGAUCCCCGACAUGAUUGAGAAAAAGCCUUUCUCUAGGCGUUUCUAUCGCAGUGUGAUCUCGUUCGUUACUGCGCUGAUGGUUUGCUACAUUACGUUGGGCGCCUGGACUCCCAAGUCAUGCUUGUCACACAAUGCUGCUGUCUUAGUCCCCGAGGCUGGCCCCAUCAAGAACAAGCUCACCGCCGUCCUUGAAGGGGCUGGUUCCCCAGGUCAGCCGCCCGCUGUCUCUCCGUGUGACCCCGGCGUGGCGCCCCAUGUACAACAAGCUCUUCGAGACAAUCUGCCGUCAUACAUGUGCCCGCCAACGUGGAUCUCUGUCAAACAUCUUCCAUUAUCAUCUUCCGGGAAGCUGGAUAGGAGGGUACUCACGAACAAACUUGAGACGCUCUGUCACGAGGAGUAUUUGGGGCUUAUCCUGGAUCAUGCCCAAGAUGAGGAUGAUCAGCAUGGCCAUGAGGACGAUAACUGCCGGAGGAUCUUGCGUGAAGGUUGUAUCCAAGUUCUCAAUAUCCCCGUCGAGAGAAUUGCCAUCUCAAAAGCAUUUGCUGCCCAUGGAGGAGACUCCAUCACUGCCAUUCAUGUAUCGUCUCUAAUGAAGUGGACGCAGACUCUAUUAGUAAGCUUCAAAGAACUCUUGACCUGCCCUUCCCUAGCUGAAGCAGCGUCGGGCAUGAGAGAAGCAGUGACCUCAAUACAGGUACCAGCUGCUCAUCCAGGCAAAUUGUAUCCUCUAUCACCAAUUCAACUCCUUUUCUUGGAGAUAGCACCUACCUCUGUAACGUGGAACCACUGCAACCAGAGCGUACUCUUGCGCCUUCGAGAGAGGAGGAGUUCAGACCAUGUCAAGGAAACACUUGGUGGGGUGUGCAUAUAG